CAACACAAGUGGUAGGUUAAGUGGUCAGUUCGGGACUGUCCCGUCGAACUUCUGGGGCAGAAAUUGUAAAUUACUUUUUUAGGGCAGUGUCACACUUUCAAUAUAUGUAUAUCGUGAUAUUUGCUGUUUUGUGAUAUGUAUUGAACAUGUAGCAUGUAAUAUUGAUGGAUCGUGUUCCAUAUCACAGAAACCCCCAAUAUUUUGAAAUCCAAAAUUCGUAUCAAUAUUUAUAACGUGUGACACGUUUUGUAAUAUCAAUCACGAUACAUUUGUAAAAUUUGAAAAAAUAAUUAAAUAUAAUAAAUAAAAAUUAAUUACUGUUUUAAAAGUUGUUCAAAAAUAUAAAAGAAAAUUACUUUUUUAAUUCUCGUUAUUUCGGGAAUUUCGCGCCAUUCUUUUUAUCAUCCGCUGAUCCAUAUACCAUAAAAUAUUGCAAUUACUGACCUAAAAAAUAUUGAACAUUUAGCAUGCCCGAGAUAUUCAUUAUCCCAUUAAAAUUAGUCCUGAUCCAAAUUGAUCAAUAUUAAACGUGUGCCAAUGCCCUUUGGGUGAUUGUGAUAUCGUAUUUUAAAUAUUUUGUUUACAGUGAAAUACAUAAUUUAGAAAAUAGAAUUAUGUAUUUGAAAAAAACUUCAAAUCUAAAAAUAAUUUAAAAUUGUUAUCAUACAUAUAAAUCGAAAAUAUGUGUCUAGAAUCUAUUUUAGAGUAAAUUUUUAAGAUCCUUACGAAAAUAUUAUAAAUCCUGAUCCAAAUUGAUCAAUAUUAAACGUGUGCCAGUGCCCUUUGGGUGAUUGUGAUAUCGUAUUUUAAAUAUUUUGUUUACAGUGAAAUACAUAAUUUAGAAAAUAGAAUUAUGUAUUUGAAAAAAACUUCAAAUCUAAAAAUAAUUUAAAAUUGUUAUUCAUACAUAUAAAUCGAAAAUAUGUGCCUAGAAUCUAUUUUAGAGUAAAUUUUAAAGAUCCUUACGAAAAUAUUAUAAAUGUAGGGUGAAACAAUGUGUAACAAAUUAAUUCCCACAAAUAACAUUAAGGGGUUGAAUUAUGUAUGUAUAUUGUGCAUACUGGUUUCUAUAGCAACAGCGAAUAUUUAUGGGUUUUCAUUGUGAUAAAAAAGAAUAAAAUAGUUAGUUUAAUUCUAUAAAAUACUAUGGAUGAAUUAUCAGACUAUACUUCGCCGGUUUUAGAAUUUAAAGCUUCACAUAGCACAGAACGGCAAUUUAAACUAAUCGACAGUGGUACUGCUACAGAUCCAUUGCCACCAAAAAUUGAUGCGUUCGUAGAAACUCAAACAAAAUGUUCACAAGAAACGCAAACAGAAACGAACCAAGUAUUAGCUAAAAGUGUAGAUGAAAGAAAAUUGGCUAAUUGGUUACAAAAAAUCUAUCCAAAUGUUGAGAAGGAAUUGCUUAAAGGUUGUACACCUGCACUAGAAUCGCAAACAAACGAUUUAUCCUCACAUGACAUAGUAAUACAACCAUACCAAAAAAUAUCUUUGCCCGCACUACAAAAUUCUCAAGGCCUUGCUAUUUGGUUGUCAGUAUAUACUAACAAUGCUCCUGUCCUGGUAGUCACAACAGUUGCACCUCAUGAUGACUGGUGCGAACAUGUUGAUCAGUAUUUAAAGCUUUUUGUACCAAAACGAGUUCCAAACGCUAACUUUGUAACGUACAAUGAAGUUAAAAGUAUACCGGUUAAAUCCUGUCUAAAAAGUAUGUGUACAAAUCCUUUUAAUAAAAAUAUUUUUGCCGGUUCCUCUUUUGACGGUGACAUUUAUGUCUGGCGAUAUGAACAACAUCAUCAAAAUCGCCCCAACAAUAGAAAUAAUAUUGAUAUCAAUGAAAUGUAUCACACGUCAUUAUAUCAUGGUUUUGCAGUAGCAUUAGAUUGGACCAGCGAAAAUACCUUAUUAACAGCUCAUUCAAAUGGAUACGUUGUACAAUGGCAUCUUGGUAAAGAAAUAAUUAAGGAAGCAGAAUUUUUAGUGAAGGCACCUGCAAAUGCAUCGAUCGAAAUAUGUACAUUACUUGCUGUAAGUUUAAACAAUUUUGUGGUUGGGACCAAAGAUGGUUCUGUGUUAUAUUGUACGAGUUCGAGUUUGUCCACUCUGAAACGCCAUUUGGAAAUAGUGUCUUUAAAAAAGCAUUUAUUCAUGACAACAACACUUUUAAAAUCCCACAUUAAUGGGCACAUAUAUGUGAUAAGUUGUGAUCUAAGUGGUCAAGUUUACUUUCACGAUUUACGGAAUGCUAAAGAUGAUACUGAAACAACAGUUACACAAAUACCUUUACCAUUUACAAGUACCAUUGCUUGUUCACGUGACGGAAGUUUUAUUUAUUCUCCUGGCGAAGAUGGUUCUCUGGAGUGUUAUAGAUUAUAUAAUGGUUUACAAAAUACUGUGAAGGGAGCAUUAAAAGGCAAAGGGAAUUUUAUCAAGUCAAGCGACAAUGGAUGUUGGCUAAUCACUGGACUAUACGAAAAUGAGUUUCAAAUAUUCUCAAUAGAAAACUGAAGUUUUACAGGCUUUAGUCAUAAUUAAUUACAAAAAAAAAUCUAAAACAUAUUGAUAACUUAUUUAAGUAACAUUACCUUAUAAAGCCGCCUUUAAUAAAGCAGAGUCUUUGGAACAUAUAUGAUAUAUAUAAUAUACUUUUUUAUUUAUUUUAUUCUUGUUAUUAAGACAUACAAAAAAGAAAUAAUAAGUAACAUAUAAAAGUAUAAUUUACUAUGGAAUACACACACAAUUAUCAUUCAAUAAAUCAAUCAUCUGAUCAUUCGACGUUUGGUUUUAAAAUAAAUAUUUUAUUGGUUAAGGAUAUACAUAUAGGUUUAUUAAUAAUAGUAUAACACCUAAUAAUAUAAAUCUUGGACAUGAAUUGACAAAAGUACCUAAAUUUAUGUACCAAAUAUUUCUAUCUAAUUUCUUAUUAUGUUUUACACAAAUAGUUAGAUAUAAAAUAUAUAAAUAGUUUGGCAUAGAUUGUAUUAUUAGGUAUUUUACUAGUAUUUGUGGCCGACUUUAAUACUUACGAAAAAUAUAACAAAAUAUUUUGUCCAGUUUUUCGAUCUUUUUAAAAAAAGCAGCCUUUAUGUUUAAAUUUUAUCGCAUAAGAACAACACUAAAAUGUUUUAAAAAUGAACAAAGUCAUUAUUUAGAAAAUUAAAUUUGUAAAAAAUAUACAGUGAUGUUUUUUAAUGUAAAAUAUUUUAAUGUGAAUAUAAUUUAAUUUGGAAUUUUCUACUUUAUUCUCUAUACAUCAUUUUCUUAUAAUCAUCAUCAUCAUACUCAUUUUCGUUAUCAUUUAUAUUAAUAUUAAUACAAUUAAAUAUAUACUAAUUACAUAAAUUACUAAAGUGUAUAACAUUUUGUAUAAACCACAAUUUUAUGCGAAAUAAAAAAAAGAAAGAAAUAAAAAUCAAACAAUUAUUUAUGUACCGAUGAAAC